UAUAUAUAGAGAUAGAUAUAGAUAAGGAUAUGUGGUUUUGGUAACUGCAGUAGGCGGUAGCCGCUAGGGUUUUAUUGUUAUCCUUUGUUUCCCUGUUGCGGUCGCUCUCUCCCACCACUUCACAUUUUCGCAGAGAUGAAUGUUGAGAAAUUAAUGAAGAUGGCCGGUUCGGUCCGGACCGGGGGGAAGGGUACAAUGAGAAGAAAGAAGAAGGCUGUACACAAGACGACCACAACAGAUGACAAGAGGCUUCAAAGUACCUUAAAGAGAAUAGGAGUGAAUGCCAUACCUGCAAUUGAGGAAGUUAAUAUUUUCAAGGAAGAUGUAGUUAUACAGUUUGUCAAUCCUAAAGUGCAAGCAUCUAUUUCAGCCAACACCUGGGUUGUUAGCGGCACUCCUCAGAACAAGAAAUUGCAGGACAUCCUUCCUCAAAUUAUCAACCAAUUGGGUCCGGAUAACUUGGAGAACUUGAAAAAAUUAGCAGAACAAUUCCAGAAGCAGAUGCCGGCUGCUGGCAGUGGUGCUGCAGAAGAUGACGAUGACGAUGUGCCAGAACUUGUAGCUGGUGAGACAUUUGAAGCUGCUGCAGAGGAGGAGGGACACACCCAUACUACCUCUUAAGGAUCUUCUAUUAUCUGUUUUGGACAUUGCUUAUAUUUUCUAUGUUUUGAAUACAUUGCUUUAUCCUCUCUAUCAAUGAAUUGAAUGGUUUUUUCAAUUCAUAUGUGCUUUUAGUUGAAUUUGUGUCUUCAAUCUUGUUCUAUUCUACAUCCGAAUGUGUAAUCCUAUAGUUUGAACACACCAUAGGUCAUUAUUGUAAUGAGUCAUUUAAAUUACACCACUCUUCAUGCUAAAUUUCAUUGUGAUGCUUUAUUGUUAA